GUCUCCACUUUGCAAUAGAAGAGCUAGAGAUCUCGCGACAGGAACAGAAGGGCCGGCUUUACCUGUUUUGUUAAAAGACCAUAAGCGAGAAGGACACAGGGCAAGUGAGUCGCAUCGCUGCUCUUGUUCUCCUAGUACUCAGUAUGAAGAAUGCAGCAGCAGAUCACAAAAUCGUCGGUCCAGGGGUUGAGCAAUCCCAGAACUGGUCAAAACGCGGGCUGGUUUUAUAGUUGUCUUAUGGUUUGAUGAAUGAAAAAGAAUGCUGGCGACCGGUAUGUGUAUGCGUAUUCCGAUAUGGUAAACAUAGUAUUGUAGCUAUCGCAAAUAUAGUUUCGCUGUCAUCCAAGAUUCUAAUGAGCGAAAAUGCAUUUUUUUUUCAUUGACAAUACUAGCUAGACUACGUACACUUCGCCUGCAGAAGUGUGAGUCAAUCAUUCCGCUAUAUUGAAAAACAAGAAAAAGAAAUAGCACCAGAGCACGAACUGCAAAGAUAUAAAAAGAAGAGCCAUGGCCAGAAGCAGCUUCGUCAUCAUCUAUCCGAGUAGCUUCGAUGUCUUCCUGAUCUUUGGGAGUGUUGGCGCACUGCUACUGCCCAAAUUACCAAGCCAAGAAUACCGCGGCAAGUAAAUGGCGAGGGCUGCAGAGCGACUACAUCUAGUCUUUCGCUUUCGGGAUCCUGUAUAUUUGGCGCAUGAACAUGCGCGACAGUUAUAUCUGGCGCAUCAACAUGCGCGACAGUGGAUGCUUUCCCCCACCUAUCGCGCUCUUCAUGUUUUUCGCCAGACUGUGACUAGGCCACCACAGGCAAGGAAAGCUAUUUGCUUUUGAGGCCCUCGCGGGCGGCACUUUUAUGCGCAGUUGCCUACUGCAACAUCGCGCAUGUUGCUUAUCUUGCGCAAUUUUUCCUGCAGCUGAAAGCUGCAGACACACAGCCUUGCUUGCUAUGGGUGUCCUUUUCUUUUGCAGUCCAAAAGUCGUUCAUCUUGAGCCCUUGCGUUUUAAACUUUGCGUCUAACUUUUAGCUCUUGCUUUAUUAGUUUUCCCUCCUAGUUUUCUCUCUUGGUUUUUGCUUUUUCAUUUUUGUUCUUUUAACUUUUUUGUGUUUUUGAGCGUCAAAUUGCUGAGCAAUAGGCUGACCGUCAGAUGCUUACGCUUAGCAGGGGAUAGAUUUCUAUGUCUAGCCCGGCAGUUUUCUUGCCAUGAAGCGCCAAAAAUUUCUGCCGGCAGUGUUGAA